AUGAUGGCUGUUGCAGGAACUCAUAUGUAUGUAGUGGAAUCUUCUAGUAACGAAGGCUGGGCCCCAAGUCAAGGUUAUCAAAUUAUUUAUCCUCUGAAAGCCCAUCCUCACCGUAAAGUGGUGGCGCUUCGUGACAUAAAGGAGGAGUUCGUUUAUGCACCAAGGUUGCACAAUGUGGUUAAGGUGAACUCCACAGAGUUCAGUGACUGCGGCACAUCGAAACAAACAACUCCUGGACAAGGAAACGAUACAAUGACUCUUACAUACGGAGAUAAUUACUUCAUCUGCACUAUAGGCAAUUACUGCCACAACCAAGGGAUGAAAUUUUCUGUCUGGGCUUAUAGGCGAUCGAAGAGAAAUGAGAGAUUAUCCAUAUGA